GGGAGCGAGUUGCGCAUGCGGGACAGCCUCUCGGGACUCUGUAGCUGGCGGGCGCUAGGUUCCUCCGGUAGGUUUCGCGUGUGCGGGUUUCUGCAGAUCUGGGGCGAGCUUGCACGUUACAUCACCAUUGCAUCUCUCCUUGCUUGUUCAAGUUGCCACCACUUUAGGCGUGUGUGGCAGAAGUCGUAGAGAUUCUUAAGAGCCGCGGAAUUGGGACGACCUUGGUGACCAAUUUGUAAACUCCAGGCAGAGCUGCGCGUAUGAGUUGGACGCAGACGUGGAUUGCAGGGGAUUUGAUUUUUCUUGACUUUGCAGCUCCUCUUUGGCCCCGUUAGCUUCUCAGAUCAGACGUUAAGGGGCGAAAAAUCAGAAAAGCAAUUACUCUUCCCUGACGGGGUUUCCAGGGGAGAAAGAAUAGUGACAUGAUUAUGCCUACAGCCCUAUAGAGAUUGGUCCCUCUGUCUUCCCCUCAUAAUUGUGGCCUGUUAACUUUCCUGUGUAUACUGCCAAAAUGAGUGACCGCUAUUUAGAACAAAGGAUUAGUAUAAAAUUUUGCGUGAAAUUGAACAAGUCUGCAAGUGAGACCCACCAUCUUUUAAAAGAAGCCUAUGGGGAUGAAGUCAUGUCAAGGGCCCGAGUUUUUGACUGGCACAAACGAUUUAAAAAAGGGCGGGAAGAUGUUCGAGACGAUGCACGAAGUGGGCGGCCUGUCACCCACAGGACAGAUGAAAAUAUCCAGAAGGUCAAGGACUUGGUUUGUUCAAACAGGCAGUUAACCGUGAGGAUGAUGGCUGAAGAGUUAAAUUUAGAUAAAGAAACCGUUAGACUCAUUCUGAAAGAAAACUUGAACAUGAGGAAGGUUUCUGCCAAAGUCAUAUCAGGUAUUUUGAAAGAUGAGCCUAAACCUGGAAAACUUGAUUUGCGAUCACAUCUGUCAAAGGACACUAGGAAAAACAGCUCAUGUGUGAAGAAGAAGUUAACAAGUUCUGAAACAUGGAGUCAUCUGCAGGGGGAAGCUGUUGGGGAAAUGCCUCUGUCUGUGUCCGGUCCCAGAAUCCAUUACCCUGACAACCAACCUCUGCAGCCAUCAUCUUCUGCCAGCUUUCCCAUCAGAGUGGCCCAGGAUUGGUUCACACCCUGGUGAAAAGAAUCUGAGGGUAGCUGAACCUGAGCUAGGAAGUUGCAUCACUGUUGGGCAACUUCAUUUGCUGCUCCUGUUUCCGCUCCUCCUUGCUGGCAUGGCCUUCCUAUUUUAUGCUGGACUGUGGCCAUCUCCCUUGUUUUUCACCACUUUGAAGUGCUUUGGUUGUUGACUUCUGUUGCUUGCUUCUUUAUAUUUCUCUUGCUUAACAAGUUUGGAUCUCUUCAUUGCCCAUACUUCAAUUUGUUGUGGCUGUCCUGUUCUUUUGUUCUCAACGUUCUGCCUCAGGGGAUCAUCCAUAUCUUUGGGCACAGGGAGAAAUUUCUUCUGAGAGGACCCCAAAAGGCCUACUGUUUCAUUUACUUUGCAGUCAGAGCCUAAGGUAUGAUACAGAAGGCAGUGGACCUGUUGAACAAUCUGGGUCAAAGGCCCAAAUGACUGGGUAGGAGCCCCUCAGAACUGGGGGGGGGGGGGUUUCCACCAAUACUGAUCUUCUUUUGGACCUCCCUUUCACAGAACAACUGGAUCUGUUUCAUUCUAGUCUUGAGCUUUGGCCCCCCAUUUAUUUGGGUUUCCCCUCACUGGAAGAGGAAAAUCUGACCCUAGGAAAUAUAAACUAGGGGACGCAGGCCAAGACUGAUAUGUGAGGAGAAAGACCAGAUGAUUCUCCAGACCCUAAAUUAAGGGAGUCCGCAGUCUAUUUGGUGUGUUUUGAGCACCUGCUGUUUUUAGAACACUUCUGGGCAGUGACAAUGUAAAGUUCUUAAAUGAGAUCACCAGGUGCAGUUGGGCUUCACAAAGGAGCUGGUUCUUGAACUGGAUUCAUGAGGAAGGGUGAGACAAAGGGCUAUGAGAUUAGGGAACACUUCCCAGGCCGGUGAAACAGCAUGAGGCUGGCAACCUGAAAGUGGCCACAGAAAGUGAUGAUACUUGGCUAAAAUAACAAAGAUUAAAGGGGAAGGUGGUGGUAUUGCAGAAGAUGAAUAAUGGGAGAUAAUUUGCUGUCCUCAACUCUAUGCCUGCUGGCAGUUUAUAAAUUACUUCCCCGAGUCUGUGAGUAGGUUUAUGAUAAUGCAUUUCUUUGGUUAUCUGAUUUUCCCAUUGAACCUCAAAAAGUAGUCUCUCUGUGUCCAAACUGUCUUCUGUGUUCCUGCUGCUCUGCUAGGACUUAUGGAUCGGAACUUUUCCCCAGGGGCUUCCAACUAUUACCACAUAAACUAUCAGAAUGUCUGAUAGGGAACAGGAGAAGCCAGGGGGUAAUAGCAUUUCACAGCAUUGGUUGGUGUCUGUGUUACCCAAGGAUUUUGAAACAACAGCUCCUCUUUAACAAGUAAGGAACUAAUCUAAAGUGGGGAAUAAUAGAGGAUCCACACUUAUUCAUUCCACACAAGUAACUUUUAGUUCCGUUCUUUCAUUGUCUACUGAUUUCAAAAAGUUAGAAACUUCUCUCUAAUACCUGUCAGUUUGGAGACACUUUGAAAGCUAGACCUUGUGCUACAAAGAAAAGAUAAUAAGAAAACUCUUAAACCCAGCAGAUUUCCAACUACUUGCAAUUUCUAGACAUUUUGUUUUAGGACCAUUAAGUCUUCUUACCUCAGACAAAGUCCUGGGUUCCCCAUAAGCACACUGGACUUCAGGAGCAAAUCCCCACCACUCAUUGUUGCAAUUUUAUUGCUGAAUUUAUUUAUUCUGCUCAGGCCCUGUUGUAAUAAUUGCAGAAUCACAUGUUCCUGGGCGCAGGCUAGAAUCCCACAACACCUGAAGACAUUAACUCCAACCUAUAAUAACACAGAGGUCCUGCAAGAACUUAUUUCUGGGUUUUAUUGUAGUCCCUGUAAGCAGGACUGGGAUAAUGAUGCUGCUCCCUGGUGAUGAUGCUGGACCAAGACCCAUGCAGGAGUGUAGGAUACCAGAAGUGAAGUUGGCCCAGAUAGGGUUUGAACACAGAACACCUGGAAGUAAGGUAAUUGGGAGUGUGAAUUCAAAUUUUUCCAAGUGUCUGUCAUGAAAUGGACAGCUUAUAUCCUUAGAUGAUGUCCUAAAUAGUUAUUAGUUGAACUACUACUUGAACCCAUUGUCUCUUUGCAAGGCUUCCCAUAAAAUAUUCAGUGAUAAUGUCAUGCUUCAGAUUUUUGAGAAGUAAAAUUUCUGUCCUAAAACUCAUCCAGAGCAAUCUAUUCUCACAGUACUCAAAUUGCUAAACCCAAGACUUCCACAUGAUCGCCUGGAGUAUCCAAGGGAGUUCUUAGAACUCCUUAUGUACCCACUUGCCAAAUGUACUCCAUUGCUGACCCACAUUUACCCUGGCAUGCACUUGUGGGCCAGGUCUCUUGAGCUCCUGAUCUUGUAAUCUCAAAUCCAGCCCUGCAUCACACUCGAGGCUCUUGUCUUUGGCUCAUGCAUAUACCCCUCUCAAUUUAUUCUUCACCAGUUUGUUUUCUGGUUCUGGACCACACCUCCAAGAGCACCUUUUGGCCACUUUGAUGUGUUGAUCCUUGAAUUGCUCUUUUGUUAAGGUCUUUCACUCAGUUUUCUCUUAUUUCUCUGAAUUUUGGGUCCCUCUUCAAGCUCUCUGCUUUAGCCACUGUGCCAUUGGAGCAGAAAUUGUCUGCUCUACCCCUACCCACCUCUCAAGAAGUGGGUAGGGCAACGAGGGGAAUAUAUGUUCUGGAUUUUUUUUUUUUUUUAAUAAGGGGCAUCAGUGCCCAGGAGGAUGGGAGGAGGUCCUUGCCUCUCUUAGCCACUGUUGGUUGUACUCCCCAGAUGCAACUAUUUUCUCAAGAAAGCAAUCUCCUUACCUCUGGCCCUGAGAAUCAUGAGUAUUCAGAGCUAUAACAUCCAAAUCCCAUUCUCCCAGCCACUGUAUUCUGCCUGACAGGAGAAGUUUCACCUAAUUGCAGAUCAAGCGUGGCUCUCUGUGAGACAUUAGGAGAAGAGUUGGCAAUCUGCAAACCUUGACCAUAAUUCUCAGGCUUAACACAAUCAGUGAAUCUUUUUGGCAUUUAGGUAGAUCUUCCCCUACCCACCCAUAUUCUCACUCCCAUUUUGAUUCAGAGUCCACAUGGAAUGUUCGGUGCCACAGCUAAAGUCCAAGAGGAAUAGAUUGUUCUUGGGGCAGAUCAUCCCAUCAUUAAUUUUAUCUAAUUCUCUCACUCUCCACCCUGCUCCAUUUACCCCAUUAAAAAUUAUUUUAAAAAGAGAAAAAAAUAAAAAUUUCACCAAUCUUUGAGAAAAACACAAGGACAGUUCUAUAGUCUUCUAAAUUCUGCCCCUGGCUCUGAGUCCUCUUUGAAAUGUUAUCUUUUGGGAAGAAUGUAUACCUGGGACCUACUUUCCAGAGCCUUCCUUUCAGAUCCAUUUCUUUGUCAAAGUCCACACUUGAUAUGGGAGAUGCCAGAUAAGUCUGGAUUCUAAAUGACUUGAGGACACCUACUAAAGGAGUGGAUCACUAUUGGGGAACUGUCUGUCACUCUGUUGCAGUACACGAUUCACUUUGCCUGCUCUUUGCAGAUAUCAUCACCAGCAAGCCUUGCUACGCUCCCUGGGAUUACGUCUCACCAGGAUCUUAGUUAGAGAGCCUCCCUUUGCUCCUGAACUAUGUUAUUCUGCAUUCUUCAACUACUGCUGCAGGGAUCAGCCUUCCUAGAUUUUACCAGGCUUUUACAUCUUAUCGGAGGCAAUCCUUCUAUAUUUAUGUUCUCUCUAGUCUCUGCCUUAUCAGAUCUUUACAAAUUCUGUGCAAGUUGUAUCACCCAGUAUAAAUAUCCAGAAACAAUCUAGUGGGGAGCUUCAGUACCUCCAAGGACCCACUUGGGUCUACUGAAGGGUCAGCAGACUUCUAUAAAGAAAGCAUCCUAGGCUCUGUGUGCUCUAUCAUCUCUGUUGCAGUUACUCAACAUGUUAGUGCUAAAGUAGACAAAGCUAAUAUGAAAACAAAGGAUCAUGGCUAUGUUCCAUAUGAAACUUUAUAAAGGGAUACUAGAAUUUGAAUUUCACAUAGUUUUUACAAAAUAUAAUCUUGAUUUUUUUCCCCAACCAUCUAAACAUAUAAAAAAAAAUUGUUGGGCUGGGGUUGUGGCUCAGUGGCAGAGUGCUUGCCUAGCAUGUGUGAGGCACUGAGUUUGAUUCUCAGCACCACGUAUCAAUAAAUUAAAAAAAAAAAAAAGGUCCACUGACAACUAAAAAAAUAUUUAAGAAAAAAAAUUGUUUAGCUUAUAGACCAUGGAAAGACAGGUGGUGUACCAGACUUGGCCCAUGGGCCAUAGUUUGCCUACCUCUGAUCUAGUGUGUGUGUGUGUGUGUGUGUGUAUGACAGAUGAUAGCUUGUUUUCCAUCAAUAACAUUGUUAAGGCCAAGCGGAUCUGUCAGUGUCUGACGAUUUACUAUACAGAAAUUGUGGAAUCUUGAGACCAAGAGAAUGACCUAGAACUGAAUGAUUGGCUAUUUCACCUUGACCAUAUUCCAGUUCACAAAAUGAAUUUUGUGCUUUUUGAUUAAAAAUGAUUUUUUGCAAACUACCACCUGUGUUAUUCCCAUGUAAUAUCUCAAAACCUAUUUUGGCAAUAUUAGAAAUGGUGCCAAGUUACAAUUGGCAAUAAUGGAAUGAACUAAAGGUAGUUCUGAAAAUGCUUUGACCAUGGCAUUUGAAUAUGUUAUCACCUAUUAAAAUGUGUACUAUGGAGGUGGCAAAACACAAAUUUUUUUGCAAGUUUAUAAAAAUAAAUACUAUAUAUGGGUGUGUAUAUGUAUGUAUAUUUUCGUGUAUAUAUAUAUUUGUGUGUAUUAUGUAUAUGUGUGUGUAUAUUUUUUUUAACCUUGUAACUGUUGUAACUGGUGCCAGAGUAUGUACUUUUAGAUGAGUAUACUUGUUUUUCCUCUAAAGAGAUCUUUAUUGUAUCACCUUCACUUAAGCUGAUUUCCAAAGUUGCAAUAGAAUCUCAAGGUUGAACAGAACUUUAUAAGAGUGAUCAGCCAAUCAUUUUUCCCUUGAACCAGGAGUAAAUCAACCCUCCACUGGCUGAAAGGCUAUCUGAAAGAAUAUUCUGUAUUAAUUUACUCAAUGAAUGUUGAAUGGCUGAGGUACCAGGCACUGUCCUGUGUGCUGAGGUACAGCAAUAAACAAAAGAGACACAGGCCUUACA